AUGGCGGACUCUUCAGGCAAUGCGCUGAAGCGUUCUCACCCCGAGGAUGAGAACAGCAACUCUCAGAAAAGAACCCGUUCCAACAAUGGGUCCCCUAUACCAGGUCAAGGGGGCGCGCCCGCGGGCAAGGUCGAUAUCGAAAAGAUGGUCGCUGAAGCCCGAGCAAAAGCUGAGGCUGUUCGCGCUCGUUUGCAAGCUGCUCGUAGCGGCGCGACGCCUCCCGUGCGUCCGACGGAGUCCAGUCCAAGUCCUGGGCCAUCGACAUCAACCCCGGCACUUUCUAGACUCGAACAGAUGAAGGCCAGGGUAGCGGCGGCCACCGCCAGGGCAAACGCACCUCCUCAAAGGCCAGAAGCCCCUCCAGCGACCUACACACAGCCUCAAGCGUUCGACGACGAAGGUCUCUCGAAAGCCCGUGGCGGUCUUGAUGUAGGCCUUCACCCAGCACUACUUUCGGACACCAAGCCUGAAUAUCGCGGAGCCAAAGGCCGUCAACAAGGCAAGGGCAAACCAAUCGGACGUGGCAAACAACUUGACCUAUCCGGUCCGUCUAUUGAAGAAAUCAGGAACAACCCGUACUUUGACCCCAGUCUUGGGCCGAAGGCAACUGUCGCGAAGCCUCGUAACUCUCGGCAGCUCGUUUUCAACCAGAAGGGCAAAUAUGUUCAACAAGCGGCCGCUUUGCGCCGUCAGGCACAACUGGAGGACAUGAAAAAGCGGAUUGCCGAGCGAGCCCGGCAAGCAGGUAUCGACGAAGACAUGGAAGUGGAAAAAUCAUACCUUGUGCCGGCUCCCCCAGCUGUGGAAUGGUGGGAUGAGGGGUUGAUCAAUGGGCCUGAUUAUGCUGCGAUUGAUGACCCGAGGAAUUUGAAAAUCGACUCUGCCGACUCCAUAAUUACCCGCUAUGUUCAACAUCCAAUCCUACUCGAGCCCCCGCAAGAGAAGCAUCUUCCUGCUCAGAAGCCAAUGCAUCUGACACCGAAGGAGCAAGCAAAGAUUCGUCGACAGCGCCGUAUGGCAGACUUGAAGGAACAACAAGCGAAGAUUCGAUUAGGUCUCGAGCCGGCGCCACCACCCAAGGUCAAGAAGUCCAAUUUGAUGCGUGUUUUGGGAGAACAGGCAGUCAAAGACCCCACGGCUGUCGAGGCCCGUGUGACCAGAGAAAUUGCGGAUCGCAAAGAACAACACGAAAUCAUGAACGAAGAAAGGAAGUUGACCAAGGAGCAACGGCGCGAGAAAUUAGAAAAUCAGCAAGAGAAGGAUGCCGAGCUAGGUAUCUAUAUAUCUGUCUACCGGAUCGAUAGUCUUGCGAGUGGACGAAAUCGCUUUAAGAUCAGCAAAAAUGCGGAACAGAAUCGAUUGACCGGCAUUUGCGUCGUGCAUCCCAAGUUAAACCUGGUAAUUGUCGAGGGUGGAAAGCACUCCGUCAACAAUUAUCGGAAGCUAAUGGUCAACCGUAUCGAUUGGACUGAGAAUCCAGGCCCGACUACAUCGGAUCCCAACCGCGAAAGUCAACCAUUGUGGUUGUCUACAGAGGAUGAGAAGGGUGAACCACGAGAUUUCAGUCAUAACUCUUGUGUUCUUCUUUGGGAGGGUCAAGCCAAAACGCGUGCCUUCAGGAGGUGGCUGGGUGCAAGAGUCUGCGACUCCGACUCGGCGGCUAAAGAGGUUUUAACCCGUUCCAAGAUGGAAAAUUUUUGGACAUUGGCCAAGAGCCACAAACCUGCCGAAUUUUAA